CAUGGGUCUAUUAAAAUUGGCAACACUGAAAAACACUCCUUCCGGCCAUUACUAGAACUGCUAACACUCUUUUCCGUUUUAAGGUGAAACAUGACUGGGUUCAGUGAAAAGGCCAUUCUCAUCGAUGGCAGGGGCCAUUUGUUGGGCCGCCUUGCUGCUAUCGUUGCAAAAACACUUCUGCAGGGCAACAAAGUGACUGUAGUUAGGUGCGAACAAAUGAACAUAUCAGGAAAUUUCUACAGAAAUAAACUCAAAUUCCUAUCAUUUCUUCGCAAGCGUUGCAAUGUCAAUCCAGCCCGUGGUCCAUUCCACUUCAGAGCACCAUCCAGAGUUUUCUGGAAAACUGUGAGAGGAAUGUUACCCCACAAAACUGAGAGAGGAAAACAGGCUCUUCGUAAAUUGAAAGCAUACGAAGGAAUUCCACCACCUUAUGAUCGUAGGAAACGUGUUGUAGUUCCUGGUGCUCUGAGAAUUAUUUGUCUUAAACCAGGACGUAAGUUCUGUCACGUAGGAAGAUUGUCCCAUGAAGUUGGAUGGAAGUACCAAUCUGUUGUACGCACUUUGGAAACUAAACGUAAAGUUAAGGCAGUGUUGUCCAUUCGUAAACGUGACAAGCUGAAGAAAAUCACUAAAGCUGCUUCUGAAAAAGUCGCGAAGCAGACAAAACCUUUCACAGAUGUUAUUAAUUCUUACGGUUAUAACUAAGAUUGAAAGUAAAUUUAUUUGACGUA